ACGUAAGUCAAUUCCCCAACUUAUUCAUUAAUUCAAAAAUGUCAUCAAUUUCACUUAUCAUCGACUCUUUAAAAAAUAUGAUCACAUUCAUAUCUCUCAUCUUAUCCCAUUUGUUUCAUCAUCCACGGCCCGACUUCUCCCAUAAGUCAGGCCGUGGACCCACCACCAAGAGCGUCGCUGCCAGAAUCACUGGCAACGAUGUUGGGGUCGUGAUGAGGCGGCUGCGGCUGCCUCAUCACGAGCCGUUCUCGCAGGACUCUGUCGAGAACAUCGAAGGCAUCUUCGAGGGGGCGGAGCCGGUGCUGGAGGAGGUGAGGGAGGCGUUUCGGACGUUCGACGAGAACGACGACGGGUUCGUGGAUGCGGAGGAGUUGGAGAAGGUAAUGAGCUCGCUAGGGUUGGUGGGGUUGUCUCAACAAGAGUGUGAGAGGAUGAUAAUGGUGUUUGAUGAUGAUGGUGAUGGGAGGAUUAGUUUUGGGGAGUUUGUGAAGCUUAUUGAGGAAAGUUUUUGUUGCUAGUUUAGUUGUUGGUUGUAAAUUGUAAUCAACUCUCAAGUCUUUGUGGGACAAUGUUAAACUUUAUGUGAAUC